AAAGGCCUAAACCCUGAUAAACACGGUGUCGAGCGCCGACUGUGCCGCCACUCUUGUUCUCGCCUCCAUUGCCAUUCUCCUCCCAAACCAUGAAGGGAGGUCAAACCUACGUCUCGUCUCCUCCUUCCUUCUCCAACGACGGCAAGCGCCUCCUCGUUUGCAGCGGCUGCUCCGUCGCCGUCUUCAGCACUGCCACCGCCUUGCAGGUUUCCGCUUUGGAAGGCCACACCGCCGCCGUCACCUCCAUCGUCGUCGUCCCUGCUCCCAACAGCGUUCUAAGCUACUGCUGGACCUCUUCUCUCGACGGAACCAUUCGCUACUGGGACUUCUUCCUCUCUGAAUGCAUCAAAACACUUGACCUUGGCUUCCCUAUUUACUCCAUGGUGAUACCUGCAAUAUUAUCCCCACCAGAAGAAAACAAUGCAAGGCAGCCUAAUGUUUUUGCCUAUGUGUCUGUUCAAGAUGAGAAUGCCCAAGAUAACCGGCCCAAACCUCGUCGUGGACAGAUCAGGAAGUGUAACUUGACAAACUAUCAUGCUAUCAGCAACCAUAUCUUGAAAGAGACUGAACGGCCAGAAUCUUUGACCAUUUGUCCAUCUGGGAAAUUUUUGGGAAUAAAAGACAAGCGCAAACUUCAUAUAUGGAAAAUCCCUAAAAUGGAUUCUGAUUCUGCUGUGUUGAAGAAGAUUACCCUGCAUCAUACAAAGACCUUUACAGCUCUUGCAUUUCAUCCAACAGAGAGAAUUGUUGCUGCAGGUGAUGUAACAGGUAGAAUUUUAAUUUGGAGAGGAUUUGGUACUCACAAGUUUCAGGACAAUAGUGGACUGUUGAACACAAGAUCAAUGAAUGAUGAGGAAGAUAAGCCUGGGGUAAGGGAUAAUGAUGAUGCCGAAUCAUGCUCCACGUGGCAUUGGCACUCUGCUGGGGUGAGGCAUCUGUCUUUCUCUUCAGAUGGAGCCUACCUGUAUUCAGGUGGGAAGGAAGGAGUUCUUGUGUUAUGGCAGUUAGACACAGGGAAGAAAACAUUUUUACCUAGAAUUGGCUCUCCCCUUCUGUAUUUCGUCGAUUCUACAGAUCCUUCACUUUCCUCGAUAUCUUGUGCGGACAACCAAAUUCAUAUAUUGAAGACCCCUUCAAUGGAAAUAAUGAGGUCUAUUUCAGGGAUCAAGCCCCCUCCAUCUUCUCAAGAAAUAUCUGAAAGUCUUUCCAGCCGAGCUGCCUUUGACUGCAGUUCUGGUUUAGUGGCUGUACAAACAGAGAACUAUGGCAUCCAAUUCUACAGCUUGUUUGGAGAUCGUGGACUCUAUGAGGUUCAAGUCUGUGAAAGAAACCAUCAACCAGUUGAUGAGGUCACGGUGGUAGUGACCGUAGUGGAGCUGUCUGUUGAUGGUUCUAUAAUGGGUACUGUAGAAGUUAAGCUACCUGAAGAAGGAAUAGGAGGUCUUAUUUGCUUGAAAUUUUGGGAUUUAGAUUCAGAUAGCAAAAGAUUUUCAGUAUCUACCCUUAUUUAUGAACCUCACAGGGAUGCUCAUAUUUCUUCUGUUGCUUUCCAUCCAACCUGUCAUAUGGCUGUCAGCUCAUCUUAUGGUGGAGAUUUCAAGAUAUGGGUCUGCAAGGAAGAAAGUCAGCAGAAAGGCAAGAUGCUUCAGACUUCUAGUUGGAUGUGCCACGCUGUUGGGUCAUAUAAAAAUAAAGCAAUGAGAGCUGCUGCUUUUUCCGCUGAUGGUUCUGUGCUGGCAGUUGCAGCAGACACUGUUAUUACAUUGUGGGACCCUGAUAAGAAUGUGCUCAUUGCUGUUGUAGGAGAGACUCCAACGCCUAUUGAUCGGCUCAACUUUGCUGGAAAGUCAGAGUAUCUUCUUUCUGUAUCUCAUGGUUCAAAUCCACAGCUGUCUGUUUGGAGUUUGUCAAAGUUAUCUGCAUCUUGGUCAUACAGUCUUCAAGUAGAAGCUGUCUCCUGUUCAAUGGACUUAUCAUUUUUUGCCGUCCUUGCUCUCCUCCCCAAGUCAAACGAACGUACAUUUAGAAGUGAUGGAAUAAUCUUAUUAUUCAACGCAACAGAUCCUAUUCCUGUGGCUUCAUGGUCUGUAGCUAAGGCCAAAGGAGGGGGACUUGCUUUUAUUAAAGGAAAUUCAUCUGAGCUAGCAAUUACUGACGGGAAGCCAUUGCAAACACUGCUUGCGUAUAUAAAUGGAGAUCGUGAAUAUGUCCUCUUUGAUCCGAAUGACAAAGAGUCCUGUGAACGUAGUAUGAAUAGGCAGGAGGAUCUUGCUGCAUUUGAAGAAACAGGACAAAUUGGAUAUACAUCAAUUUAUGGGGAGUUACCCGCAUUCGAUUUCAAAAGGAACAAGGCUUCAUCGGUUUUCUCUGGUGCAUCAGAGAGGCCUUGGGAAACCAUAUUUAGUGGAUCAUCACAUAUGUUGCCACCCCUUACCAAAUUGUGUUCAGAAUUUUUGGAGUCCCUGCUAGAGAAAAGGACCACGACGGUAGAAUGACAUACCACAUACCAUGCCUGGAACUCAUUUGAAGGGAAUGAUAUAUUUUUUUUCUUCUUUUGAUACUACUCUUCUGUCAGCGGAGCUCGAGAGCCAUGAGGAUUCAGCUCAAAGUUGAGGUAGUUGUAUGUUCCCAUGAGACAGGUAUAGACACUGCCUACUGGCUGCGGUAUGUUGGGCUUGCAAGCACCAGAAAUUUUGCAUUUUAACAUGAUGGGAAAUGUUUGUCAAUUUAGCUGAUGCUGGGAGAAAUAGGGCAACAAAGAUUUCCUGCUUUAAGUUAGACGGCUUUGUAUACCUGAGAGGUUUUCUUUUCCCUUAGACUUUGCCUUGCUAGUUUACUUUUAGAUUAAUCGAAAUGAUGGACAUCAAUGAAUGUGGUUUGGCUUCAAAUUUUGGGAGGUAAGCUUGCAGGGUUGCAAUCUUACACACUUGUAAUCUAUGUGAAUGAGUCUAGCUGGUUUAACAGGGUUCAAUUGUAACACUAUUGAGUUGUGAUCUGAAAUAUAUAGUGCUUAGUUGUGUUCUGCAUUCUACACAA